CCAACCUGACUCCACCCUCCCUCCUCCCCGGUGGCUUUUCUGCGCCUGUGGUGCGCCACAGCGGGGCCCUAAAAUGACAAGAGUGACAGACAGGAGAAGAUUUUUGCCCUCGUCGCCGAACUUCUCUAAUGUUUAACUUGGCGCUGCUGACGACCCAGCGUAUCCGGGACAGUAGGGCAGGGUAGGAGGGAGAGAACCCGAUGAAAGGGCGCCUGCAGUUGCUGUUUCCUCCCUUUCACACUGAUUUCCCUGGGAGCCAAAGAACCAGCAGGAGCUUCCCGCAAUGAAGACUGUAGUGAAAUGCUUAUUAGGUCUUCUUGCACUUGGAGUUAUCAUUACAGCCAUAGUUGUUCCAGUAGUUUUGCUAACAAGGGAUGAUUCCGAUAUCCGUAGAAAAUUUUCUUUAGAGGAUUAUCUGAGUGAUGAAUUUCAGUACAAAUCGUAUAAUCUGCGGUGGAUGUCAGGUCAUGAGUAUGUCUACACAAAUCAGAACAAUGUUUUUCUGUACAACAUCGAUGAUGGAACAGAGUCUACAAUCUUAUCAAAUGACACAUUAGACCGUUUCAAUAGUUCUCAGGCAAUAUUAUCACCUGACAGAAAAUUUGCUCUUCUGCAAUACAGUUAUGAGAAGGUGUGGAGGUACUCAUACACUGCAUCAUACCAUAUCUAUGAUCUAAUUAAGAGAACCAAAAUAACUGAGAACCCACUUCCUAAAAAUAUUCAAUAUAUAUCAUGGUCACCUGUUGGACACAAACUGGCUUAUGUUUACUGUAAUAAUGUUUAUGUGAAAACAACACCAAAUGCCAGUCCUGUUCAAAUCACUGAGAAUGGAGCCGAAAAUAAAAUCUUAAAUGGAUUAGCAGACUGGGUGUAUGAAGAGGAAAUGUUUGGCACUCAUUCUGCUCUGUGGUGGUCUCCAAAUGGCAGUUUUUUGGCGUUUGCAGAAAUUAAUGACACGGAGGUUCCUGUUAUGGAGUAUUCGUUUUAUUCAGAAGAUACACUGCAAUAUCCAAAGACCGUUAAAAUCCCAUAUCCUAAGGCAGGUGCUAUAAAUCCAACAAUAAGACUAUUUGUUUUGGAUAUUCUAUCCCUUUCCCCAAAAAAUAUCUCGGAAAUUGUUGCACCAUCUAGUAUAAUAUCAGGGGACCACUACUUGAGUGCUGUAACGUGGGUGACUGAUGAAAGAAUUUGCGUGCAGUGGCUGAGAAGGAUUCAAAACUUUUCUGUGCUCACCAUCUGUGACUAUAGCGGCGCAUGGCACUGCCCAAAGGAAAGAGAGCAUCUUGAAGAAAGUAAAACUGGCUGGGUUGGCAGAUUUCAGCCAUCUGAACCUUACUUUACUUCUGAUAAAAUCAGCUACUACAGAAUUAUCAGUGAUUCAGAGGGAUAUAAACAUAUUCACUACACUGAUAGUACAGGAAAAGUUAAACCUAUUACAAGUGGAAAAUGGGAAGUAAUCAGUAUAGCUGCCAUAACAAAUAAUAGCCUAUACUUUAUUAGUAAUGAAUUUGAAGGUAGACCAGGAGGAAGACAUCUUUAUAAAGUGGACUUAAAAAAUGACUUGAAAAAAAUAUGUAUCACUUGUAAUUCAAAGGAGGAAGCAUGUCAGUAUUUCUCUGUAUCCUUCAGCACAGAUUCAAGAUAUUAUAAAUUGAAUUGUUACGGUCCUGACGUGCCCUACUUCACCUUGCAAAACAGCAUUACAGACAAAGCUAUUAAGACCCUAGAAGAUAACAACAACUUGAAAAAUGCAUUGAAAGAAAUUCAGAUGCCCUGCAAAAGACUGAGAAAUAUUACUCUGCAUGGACAAACAUACUGGUAUCAGAUGAUAUUGCCUCCUAAUUUUGAUGAGUCAAAAAAGUAUCCCUUGCUCAUUGAUGUGUAUGCAGGGCCUUGUAGUCAGAAAGCAGAUGCUGCCUUCCGGAUCAACUGGUCUACGUACCUGGCAAGCUCCGAAGGGAUUAUUGUGGCUAGCUUCGAUGGUAGGGGAAGUGGUUUCCAAGGAGAUAAAAUUUUGCAUGCGAUAUACCGAAGACUGGGAACCUAUGAAGUCGAAGAUCAGAUCUCAGCAGCCAAGCUAUUUUCUGAAAUGAGCUUUGUUGAUAAGGAUAGAAUAGCUAUUUGGGGCUGGUCUUACGGAGGUUAUGUAACUUCCAUGGUCCUUGGAGCUGGAAGUGGUGUGUUCAAGUGUGGAAUAGCUGUGGCACCUGUCUCACGCUGGCAAUAUUAUGAUUCUAUAUAUACUGAACGCUACAUGGGUUUGCCUGAAAAAAACGAUAACCUGAAUUUCUAUGAGAACUCUACAGUUAUGGCUAGAGCAGAAAACUUUCGGACAGUCGACUAUCUAUUGAUCCAUGGAACAGCAGAUGAUAAUGUUCAUUUUCAGCAAGCAGCCCAGAUUUCAAAAGCUCUGGUUGAUGCAGAGGUGGAUUUCCAAGCAAUGUGGUAUACAGAUAAAGAUCAUGGAAUUGGAGGACAUGCCCACAGCCAUAUCUACCAACACAUGAGUCAUUUUAUGAAACAGUGUUUUAAAUUGCCAUAAUAUUGGGAAUGCCUUAUCUGAAACUGUUCAAUUUCUGAAGUCUUAAGAGCACUUUUCUAGUAAAUUUUCCCAUAUUUCAUUGGAUGACACAGUCUGUUUAAUUUGUGUGGACACCUGAAUGAAGAAAACGUUAUUUUUUGUUCUUACUGCAAUUAUCUGCAGGGAUCCACUGAGCACAAACCAAAGAACUGCAGAUCCCUGUCGUUCCUGUAAGAGCUGCUCUAGUCUUUUUUUUCCUUAAGGACUAUUUUGCAUAAUAGUGUUUUUUAAAUGCAAGUUUCCUUGCAGUAAGCAACCAUUGCCCUGGGUGCAAAAAUCUUGCCUUAAUUUUUUUUAUAUGGAACUUGUUCUUUUGAAAGAAGGCUUAAUCCAGGUUCAUCAACUGUUCCUUACAGGCUAGGAAAAUAUACUUGAAUUUCUGCUCAAGUUCUCUCUGUAUUAAUUUUAGGUGAAAAUUUAGCAUUUCAAUAAGUAUCAGUUUUAGUUUUUCGUUACCUGAACUUAUGUGUUCGCUCUCUAUAAAUUUCUACCAAAAUAAACAGUAGCUGAUAUAGGGAAAUCAAUCUGUGAUGGGAGAGUUUUGCAAUCAAACUUCUUGCUUAAACAGAGAGGAAAGACCCUGCCCUAGAAGCUUCUAACUUCUUUAAAGUCAAGAUGGCAGUUUUAUUGGAAUAUGCCUCCAGAUAGAAGAAAAAGGAGAGGAGAGACCGGAAGAUUAAAAUGUUUUUUUUCUGUCUGGAAUAUUUGGAGGAAAAUUCCAGGAGACACUCUAGAACAGAGGUCCCCAACCUUUUGGGCACCAGGGACUGGUUCCGUGGAGAGAGGUUUUUCUGCAGACCAGAGGGUACCUGGUUUUGUGUGCUGCUUGCAUCUCGCAGAUGGGGCUUUGCUUGUUUGUGCGGACUGGCUGCUAGCAUGCCAUGGUCCGGUACUGAUCCAUGGACCGGGGGUUGGGGACCCCUGCUCUAGAACCAGCAAGUCAGACUACUUUCAGAACUACUUGAUAAUCACCUAACAAUGAAAAUAUCAGCUACUUGAAUUGUUCGCAUUGGGCAGUUGGGAGGCAGGGUACCAGGGCCAGCUCACCAAGGGCUUUCAUGAAUCUGUCCAAGUGAAUGAUGCCAGGUUUCAACCUUGAGAAUGGCAGGAUACUUGGAAAAAAGCAAAAGGUGUUUGGUUUGUACAUCUAGCGUUAAGCAAAGUGGAGGUAUGAGUAGCUACAUCUGGGUGCCUCAGGGAUUUUAUUAAGGCUGUUGGCUCCAACAAGCAGCCAGUUUUCUCCCUUCUGCUUUCUAUAUGCUUGCUAUACCAGAUGAUCUCACGUUUCCCGUCUCCAACAUAUAUGCAGUACAGUGGAAAUUGCUUUUCCUGUAUGAUUAGCCCAAACAUAGGCAGCAUUUCUGGUGACACUACCUGCAGUGGGUUCCAGAUUGGGUGAGAGUGAAUAUCUAAUCUGCCAAAUGCACAUUUCUAAACAAUCACUAGGAGAGACCCAGGGUUUCCACAGAAUUGGGAAUGGAGAGCAAGGUUAGAUGCUGUAGGAUGAGAAUUAGCACAGGAAUUGGAACCAGAUUGCCUACUUUCUGAGCAAUUAGAUAUUUAGUCUCUGUAUUAAUCGUAUCUCAUUUGAAUUAAUAUCAAAUUUAAGACCUAUGGUACAUGUUUGGUUCUCUGUAUGAUAUAAUUAUAUGUAGCCAUCAUACAUAGGAAUCAUGAAGACAGCAAUAAUCUGGUUCCUCUGUUAUGGUGAGUAAUAUAAUUUGUGAGAAUGGGAUGCAAAACAUAGUUUCAGAACUUUUCUAUGCAUGAGAUUUAUAUUGGAUGAAUGUAAUUUGUUAGCACAAUCUUCUAAAAGUUUUAUUAAAGGAUUAUUAAAAUAGAUCGCCUUGCAAAAGUUGGUAUUUUAACUCUAAUGCAAUAAAAUAAUUGUUUACUACCAAGGAC